UCCCCCCACGCAAACAUCCACAACCUACACACAAUGCACAACAAGGAGUAUCUCUAAGCACAGCACAUGGGCUACAGGAGGACAAAAUUCUAGUGGUUCUUGGAGGUGAGAAGGCCUUGGGCCUCUGGGCUAGUAUGACUGCCCUCCUGGCCAACUGGAGCGUUCCAUGGGGCUCAGGAGGGAUGGUGAGCAUCUCGGAGAGCCAGUCCAACUUGACCGUAGCAGCCCAGGUUGGGCCAAGGUCAGGCCAGUCUCUGGCCCCCCUCUGCACCUUCUGCUGCUGUGGCCUCAUCAACCGUACCCUGGCUGUGGUGUUCAUGGUCAGUCUGGCCUUUGCCAUAGUGGUGGGCAACGUGGUCACGCUCACUGUCUUCAUGCAGACGAGACAUGUCCGCACACCACAGGGAUAUCUCAAAGUCUCCCUGGCUAUAGCGGACAUGAUGGUUGGCGUGCUAGUAGUUCCAUUCUCCGUCUACACUGAAAUUUCUCUGAUGGUGACCAGUCCUCCUCCAGUCUGGUACCAAGGCGGCCCGGCCCCCCCCACAGGGGGUCUAGCGGGCCCCUGGCAGCCCUGCAUGCUGAUUGGUCCAGUGUUCGCCGGCUGUACGUUUGUCUCCAUCAGUACUAUUUUCCUGAUGACGGUGGAGCGCUGCGUGGCCAUCUUACGGCCCCUUCAUAAGGACCAUCUGGUGACGCGGAGACGCACCAUGUUUCUCAUCCUUUUCUCCUGGUUAGUCAGCUUCUUCCUGGCCCUCGCCCCCAUAACCCUCAGUAGCAGCUUUUCUCUGGAGUACAACGAGUGCAGUCGGAUGUGUAACUAUGUCCCCCUGUUGGACGGAGUUAUGCUGCCAUGUGACGCCAACAUCCUCCUGCUGUUCCCGGCCUUUGACUUCACGCUGCUGGGCAGUACCCUGGUCGUCAACGUCCUGUCAUUCACCAGAAUCCGCCGUUACACCCGCAAACGGAAGCUCAUGUCGGAGGGGGGUCAGGGGAUCGAGGGAGGCGGCUGUCAACAGCGACCCUCGUUCUCGGACAUCAAGGCCGCAAAGACGAUCGGCAUUCUGACGUUUGCCUUCACGGCUUCCUUCACCCCCAUCGCGGUGUUUGUCCUGGGCAACGUAGUGGGCUACACCUGGUGCAACUUUUCCUUUGUCGCUUUCUGGAUCUUGACUGGGAAUAGCUGCUGUAAUGUGAUUAUAUACAGUGUAAGGGACAGGCGCUUCAGGAAAGGAGUGACUCUGCUUUUUCAGAAGACUCCCUCACACCCCCACGGAGAGAAAAGCUAAUCAACAUGCUCCGCCCCCACCCACUCACUUUCCGACUUCACCGCCAGCCCCACCUUCCCAACCAGCCCCAACCAGUAGUGCCCAUUUCGUUAAUUUCUCUGUAGAGGGCUUCAGAGGGUAUUUCACUUCAGGUUCUGAAAACUGGUUCCACUCGGGAGAUGAUUCAUUUCAGACAGAAUAUGUGAUUUAUUAUGUCAAAUAAACAAUAUAUAUAAAUAAACAUGACAUGACCCCUAUGACCCCUUUUAAACAACUUAUUAUGUACCACCUGGUUUCAAGUAAACCUCUUUCAUACAUACCAGCGUGUAACUGGUGAGUUGGAGUGGGUGGUGAUGGGUGAGGGGUAUUGUUAAAAAGCUGAAAUUAUGACCAGGUUAUUUACCCCCCACCAAUUUCACACUGAAGAAAAAGCUGGCAUUAAAAAGCAGGCAUUGUAAAUGCUUGGGAAUUUUGUUUGAAAGGGAUAGAUUAGUGACCGGAUAUUAUUAUUAUUUUGAAUCUGUGAGGGAUAUCUACAUAACAUGUGCUUUAUCACAGAUAUAUGUAUGUAAGGAAUGGUUUCAUUUGCGUUGUGAUACAAACAUGUUCAUUUUAUUUUUGCAAUAAUACAUGAAUUAAUCUGAAUUAAUUUGAAGAAUUCUGCAUGCAAUCAACAGGGGAACCAUUUUGAUGUUGUGGCUAGUAUUUGAUCCCAUGGAUCAUGGAUGUCAGUGUACACAAGAAACGUAAUGAAUGGUACAAUAAGAAAAAAAAUGAUAUGAACUGAAACGGCAAUGGGAAUAUUGAUAAAUACGCUGAAAUAGACAGAGAUUCGGAUGCCUUAUCAUAUUAGUGGGAAUGACCCACAAAGACCAAAUCAUCAGUUCAAGUGCUUUUGCUUAGCAGCUGUAAAGUUGAUCAGUAUUAAAGGGGCUACAUUCAUCUCUGAGCAUUCAAUGGACAUUAUAUGCUACGUGAAAAGGAUUGUUAUUCAGGGAAAACAUGCUGGACAUAUUUAUAGCACAUACGUUUUUUGAUUGAAUAAAAGCUCAGUUAAAACAAUAAUCCUAUCUCUGAUAUGUUUUCUUUUUUAUGGUU